UAUAGGACGACAAAUGUAAGCAAAAUACAAAUUCAUACAAUAAUUUGGGGCGCUUUGGGGCCAUGGCCUCAAAGAACGGGGUUGGCUCAAAUUGCGGAAAUUGCAUAAGCUUUUAGAUACCCAAGAUUAUACGCUUAUGAUCAUAUGCCAAUGGGUUUCAUCUUAUGUCCUUCAUUUGACUAACAAACAACAACGUUAUUAAAAUCUUGAAGAGCAAUUCAAGGGCUAGAGAUAAAACUUGCAUGAGUUCUGGGAUUUGAUUCGUCAGAUUCUGAUCGCUUCACAAGCAACCCAAAUCAACUUUGGACCACGUAUGUAUAUAUAAUAUAUGUGCAUGGAUUUGAAUUUUCAAACAUUAAAAAAAAAAUGGGACGGUCCACCUUGAUGUCCUAGUUAUAAAUUGUGACCGCGCUAGCUAGUGUCUUACUUGGACCAAAGCUUUUUACUUCAUGAGACUUUCCAAUCUCCUCCCCUUCAUUAAUUUCCAUCUGGCUUCGCCAUGCACAUGCAACAUAUAGCAUAUCUAUCUCCAUAGAUCUCUUCGCAGAUCUUAUUCUUCCAUUUUAUAGUUUUUUUUAUUAAUUCGUAUAUAGCGUGUGCGUGCUGAAAGUAUAGCCUAUAGUUGCUACACGCCAUGGAAAGUAUGAGUUGUAAUGAUCUGCGAGAUCUGAGCCAUGGAGGAAGCUUCUCCUUCAGCUGCUCCGAGUCCGAUUUGAACUUCUCCUCUCUUUCUCAUUUCACCGAUGACGACGAAGAUGACGAUGAUGCUGAUGGCACGAGUGAUGAUGGAUCAUACAUCGAAAUAGCCCUUGAUCAUCAUGAUCAUCCUAAACCAAGUUGUGAUCGAGAUGACGAUGAUCGUGUUGGAGGCUUAGACCAUGUAGAUUACUUGCGUGUAUCUUUUUCAUCUAGCCUUCUCCCGGAGCUCUCCACCCACACCCACCAAAACAUCUCUGAGCCUCCUAACGACCAACCAUUAAACCAGACGACACCAUCUUCAGCGUCGUGCACUUUGAGCUCUUGGUCCACAGAAAGCAGUAGUUGUGGGGCUCGGAAAGAGGGAUCUGAUCAAGACUCUUCCAUGCUGCAAAGAAGCACGGCUACAAAAAGAGGGAGAUUGCCUGCAGUAAACGGCCUAGUCAACACGUUGCUCUUUGGUCUUCGGUCAUCGUCGGAAUUGCCUAUCCACGCGGACAAUGCUGACGUGGCACGUAGCAGGAAAGCAACAAACAUGAGAAGCUCCAUAAACGGUGGCAUAAUGAAGUUGCUGUUCAAGUUUCGAGCCAUGAAUUUGGGAGCCCUGGUAGCCUCAGUUGUGAAGCCCCGCCAAGUUGCCUGCGAUGAUCGCGGUCGAAGCAAGAAGAAGACAAAAUCAAAAAAGAGUGUUCUGAAGCCUUCUCUGGACAAAUGGAUGGGGCAGAAGAAACAAGGGAAGCGCAAGGGUUCAGAAGAAGGAGAAGGUGAGGAGAAAUAUUCGAGGGUUUUGGAAAUAAACUUGGGCGCAGUUAGAGGGGUUUUGGAAGCCAUAGGAAAUAGCAUGAGCACCGGCAUUGGUCGAAAAGAUAGAAGAACGAGAAGCUGCCCGAGUUCGAUUAAGUCGUCGCCGAUUCACAAAGGGUUUGCGAGUGAUGAGAGAAAUAAAGUGUAUGUGUUUGCAAGAGAGACCUCAAUUCAGGCUGCAAUUGCCCACUGUAAAACUUCGUUUGAGCAACCACCCACAUCGGCCUGAUUUUAAUUAAUUAGUCAGGCUUUUAACGUAUAUGCACGUUCUAGUUUUGAUUUUUA